AUGGCCAGCAAGGAAGGAACUGCAAGACAGGCCUUUGGUCCUGUCCUCGCGGCAGUCGCUACGAUGCAAGGGAAUGUAUCCCGGAGCGAGAAGACACACGCCCAUGAGUUUCUAGAGAAGUUUCAGAAGUCCAUUGAGGCUUGGACGAUUACCCACGAGCUGUUACAGUCGCCCGAUGUUCCUGUCGAAGCGAAACUGUUCGCAGCGACCACAUUGAAAGGAAAGAUCAUAUUCGACUUAGAUCAACUACCCGCGGAAUCCAUAGUCGCCUUGAGGGACUCCGUGCUCGCAUUACUCGUGGCUUAUGCACCGGGCCCGCGACCGAUCCAAACCCAACUAUGUGUGUGUUUGGCGAGUCUCGCCAUUCAGAUGGUUGGGUGGAAGGACGUUCUUGCUACUGUCGGAUCAGCUCUGGGAAGUAGCGCCGGCGACUGCGUCUUGGAGUUUCUCAAGAUCUUACCCGAGGAGGUGACAGAAGGUCGCAAAAUAAAUCUGAGUGAAGAGGAUCUUUUGACACGGACAAAGGAGCUACUGGAAGACAACGCCGAGCAGGUGAUGCACCUUCUGAUUCAAUAUGCUCAGUCAUCUCCGGACGCAUCAACCAAUCCCCGACUUUUGGACUGUAUAACCUCGUGGAUGCGCGAAAUUCCGGCCUCAAAAAUCGUCGAAUCCCCGUUGAUGGAUAUUGUACUGAAAGCCUUGGACAACGAUGUCUCCUUUGAAGCGGCCGUGGACAGCAUGUGCACACUUUACAGAGACACAAGGGAGGUCGACGAAUCAUUGCCCAUCAUUCAGGCCCUUUACCCACGGUUGAUGUCAUUGCGCCCCAAAAUCGCUGAGUCUGCUGAGUCUGAAGACUCGGACGCGUUCAAGGGCAUCACCAGGCUUUUCGCGGAGGCCGGUGAGGCGUGGGUAGUUUUGAUUGCCCGGCUCCCAUCCGAAUUCCGAGGUCUUGUGGAAGCGGUUCUCGAAUGUUGUGCGCGCGAUUGGGAUCAUGACGCUGUCUCUCUCACUUUCGUGUUUUGGUACGAACUGAAGCAGUACAUCACACUUGAGCGGUACGCUGAAGCGCGCAUCGCAUUCACCGACAUCUUCUCGAAGCUGGUGGACAUUAUGGUCAAGCACCUCGAGUAUCCCCGGCCGGAAGAUGGCGAGAAUGACCUGUUCGGUGGUGAUCGUGAGCAGGAAGAGAAAUUCCGUCACUAUCGUCACUCCAUGGGCGACGUGCUCAAGGACUGCUGCUCCGUCAUUGGCGUGACCGAAUGCUUAGCAAAGACCAAUGCGUUGAUUCAACAGUGGGUCUCGAAGUAUGCAUCGCAAGCCAGUGACCAGCAUGUUCCUCACUGGCAGGAACUCGAGGCACCUCUUUUCAGUUUGAGAGCUAUGGGUCGCAUGGUCGACCCUGAGGAGAGCACUGUGCUUUCGCAAAUCAUUCCGUUGAUAGUACAAAUUCCCAACCAGGAGAAGGUGCGGUUCCAGGCCAUCAUGGCGCUUGCGCGCUAUACUGAGUGGACUGCUCAACAUCCCGAGACUCUCGAAGCCCAGCUCAAUUACGUUAUCUCGGGCUUUCAACACAGCUCCGCCGAGGUUGUGCAGGCCGCAGCAUUGGCAUUCAAGUUUUUGGGAACCGACUGUCAGAAGCUCCUCGGAGGCCACAUUGCCCAGCUUCACUCCUUUUACGAAUCGGUUAUCGAUAAGUUGAAGCCAGCGAGCCAAGAGGAAGUCACUGAGGGUGUUGCGGCCGUCGUUGCGGUUCAGCCUUUGGAUAAGAUCUACGAGACAAUGAAGUUGUUUUGUGAUCCCAUCAUGGCUCGAAUCAUGAACUUGGCCAACAAUGCCAGUGACGAGCAAGGACAGCGCGCUGUUGCUGAUCACCUCCAAUUAAUCACAAUCUUCGUGCAGGUCGUCAACCCUUAUGUGGGGCCAAACGUAGAUAAUCCAGCCGUCAAGUAUUGUGGAGAGAUCUUACCGAUCAUGACGACGAUUGUGAUGAAUUUUACCUCGUCAACUCCCAUUCUGGAACGUGUUUGUCGUUGCUGGCGGUAUAUGAUCAUCUCCUACAGGACGGCCAUGAUUCCACUGCUACCCACACUGGCUCAAAGCAUCGCCAAUGGAUUUGAGGCUUCACGGGAAGGAUGUUUCCUGUGGGCUACUGACGCUGUUGUGCGCGAAUUUGCCGAGGGUUCCGAAUAUGUGGAUCGCUCAACGAGCAAUGCUGUCUUCCAGUUCUAUGAGCAACAGGCGAUUGCAUUCCUGAGGAUCCUGAAUGAUCUGCCGCCCGAAAACCUGCCUGAUGUGAUCGAGGACUUCUACCGUCUUUCUUCGGACGCUGUUCGUUACUACCCGAAAGAAUGCAUCACCUCGGCCCUUGCCGUCCCUAUCUUCUCUGCCGCCCUUAGUGCCCUUACUCUUCAACAGAUUGACCCUCUCAUUGCGACGCUUCAUUAUUAUCAUGACCUGUUCAGCUUUGCAUUUGACAAGCCGACAGUGUCGAAGUUCACCAGUUCAGAGGGCGAUUUAUACUCGAAUCCUCCGGAGAUCAGGGACGCUGUCAAGCAGCUGAUCAUUUCUCAGGGCCAGGUCCUUACUCAGCGGAUCCUGACAGGCAUGAUGUUUACCUUCCCGGGUGAUUGUUUCCCGGAUGCCUCUGGUCUCCUGAUGACCCUCUUUGAUCUAAUGCCCCAGGAAGCCGGGGCAUGGGUUCAGUCCACUCUGCAGAUGCUUCCCGCCGGCAGCAUGAAGCCAGGCGAGGCGGAGCGGUUGCUGAAGGGCAUUGCCGACAAAGUGCAAACGGGUGAAAUCCGGAAGAUCAGAGCUCUGCUACAGGAUUUCACCAACUCCUACCGGCGACGAAACGUGGCACCUCGGGAGGGCUUGGGUCGUCUGGAAGCUACUCGAUUCCGCUUCAGCGGAUAG